AUGGAAGACCUUGUUGCUAGUCUAUCGUUGGAGGAUCUCGAAAACUACAAGUACGAUCCUAUUCAUGCUGAGAACACGAUACGCAUCCUGACCCUCUAUCCUGGGGAGCCGGGGAGCAGGCUAGAGGGACGUCUCGACUUUGCCAAUAUAGAUCAACAGCCUAAGUAUGAGGCUAUCUCGUACGUCUGGGGAGAUCCAACUCGAUGCGAUGAGAUUGUGAUUGAAGGCAAGUCACUUGGCUUGACCAAGAGCAUCUCUGAUGCUCUCCAGAGGAUGCGCCAUGAGACCGAAACUCGAAAGCUCUGGGCGGAUCAGGUGUGCAUCGAUCAGGAUAAUUUGAGUGAGCGUGGACACCAGGUAAAGUUCAUGAGUACGAUAUAUAAGAACACGACGACAGUUCUGGUGUGGCUAGGGCCAGAUGAAACGAAGUCUGCAGUCCCAGCGCUGGAGAAGUUUUUAGGACUCAAGGAAAUACUUAACGAUGAAGCCUGCUUGAAGAUAUUUACUGAAAAUCAGAGACAUCGCAUUGAAAUCUAUGAUGACGAGUCUUGGGAGCCGCUGAACAGAUUCUACCACCUUCCUUGGUUCACAAGAGUAUGGAUUGAGCAGGAAGCUGGAAUGGGAAGACCUAUGCACCUGUUUUGGGGGGAGCAGGAAUACGACUGGAAGCUCAUAUCGGUUGUAUCAGAUAUUCUAAAUCGACAACACAAACCACUCCGAAACCGUUAUGACCUGCGCCCCUCACGCGUUGCCUAUCUUGAUAAAAGAUUCAUAGAUCUUACAGUCAGGCACGGCGGAAAGGAUUACUAUCCUGGGGCAAGUUUUGUUAAUAAGCUUAACUUUUCCAGAACGAAGGCGUCGACUGACCCCAGGGAUCGGAUAUUUGCUAACCUGGGGCACUUCUCCGCUACCGUAUUGCUGGAAAGCCCGCCUGCCUUUGAGGCGGACUAUACCAGGGACAUGGUGGGACUGUACAUAGAUGUUGCCAUUCGAACCCUGAAAGGCUAUCCGACGCUGGAGCUGUUGAAUGCUGUUCAUCAUCACCACGAUGAAGAACGCUUACCAUCAUGGGUUCCAAACUGGGGCGACAACUCCAGGCGAAAGUGCAUAGGCAAGCGCGAUACUUGGCUCCGUGCCGCUGGGGCCACAUCUCCUUCAUUUACCAUACAAGAGAGAGAGGGACUAUUGUGUAUCAAGGGACUUGAUAUCGACUCAAUUGAGGUCCCAUCCGAGGAACUCUCCCAAUAUGACUUCCGAGACAGCGACGUUCAGAGAGGUCGAGCUAAAGAUAGUGUAGUACCACGGCUAUGGAACUGUCUCUCUCAAUUGUCCACAUUUCAGCUCAAACACGAGUACAUUAGCGGCGGAAGUGCUCUUCUUGCAUUCUGUCAAGUUUUAAGUGCAGGUUGUUGGGCAAUGGUUCGACGAAGCGGUGAUCUGCGUAGAGACUUCCACUCAAUUCCAGACAGUGUCUGCCUCCAACAUGGAGCUGCUUAUCUCACCAGAGUUUUGGGUGACGAAAAUCUGGUUGAUGACGAGGUCAGGAAAGCAGCUGAGGGUGGAGAUGCCUUGGCUUGGAACGGAGGCCUCUCCAGAGUCUGCCACAGAAGGUCUCUGUUUCGCACUCGCAAAGGAUACUAUGGCCUUGGUCCAGCUGAGAUUCAGAGAGAUGAUAUGGUCGUUGUUCUCUUCGGCGGCACUACACCAUAUGUUCUGAGACCGACUGACCAGGGAUAUUGGUUUGUAGGAGAAUGUUAUGUACAUGGCUUGAUGAACGGCGAGGCCCUAGCGAUGAUGGAUCGAGGAGAGUUGAAGGAGAAGACGUUUGUGAUUCGAUGA